AUGGAGAAGGAGCUGUUGGAAGUGAAAAAGCGAAAUGUCGCUUGGAACAAAGAUCGGCAGACCUGCAGAGCCGUUUGGAGGAAGUCCGGACUGCUCAGAGAGGAACCCAAGGUGGGCUAUCGGCAGAUGGGGGCAAGUGUGUGUGGGUUGAACGGUUCCAGGGAGACCCGGAAAGUUACUAGGAUUUCAAAACAGAGAUGAGAUAUUUUCUAGAACUUGAAGGAGAUAAGUUUCAGAACGAUGCAGCAAAAGUUGCUCAUAUCAUUAGACACCUGGGAGGAGGGGCUAGAAGCUGGAUCAGGCCGUUAAUAGCCUCGGGGAAUGAAGCCCUCAAAAAUGAAGCCAAAUUUUGGCAAGCAAUGGAUUUUAUCUAUGCAGAUCAAAGUUUAAUUGACAAAACGCAGGAGGAGCUGCUGGCUUUGAAACAAGGCAAAUCCACAGUACGCAGUUAUUGGUCUGAAUUUGCUAUGCUCGUACAGAAACUGGGUUGGGAUUUAGAGGCUGACCCAGUACAAGCGAUAUUUAAAAAUGGACUUAAUCCAGAAAUUAAGGACGAGCUGGCAAGGGGGCCACGACCUAAAAAUAUGGACGAAUUAACAAAGGCUGCUCUUGGGGUGGGUUUGAGACAAGAAGCCAGAUGGCGGGAAAGGCAGAGAGCAGAGUUUCCAUGGUGACCACAUUCUUGAGGUGCCUGCAGCUGCCUCAGAAUGUCAACAAGCGCAGGAGCCUAUGGAGAUAGGCACAGCCAGGGCACGGGAGAGUUUGAAAGCCCAAUGGUCUGGCGGGAAGGAGAAAAAAGACUGGCAAGCGGCAAAAAGAUGUUUUGCGUGUCAGAAGACUGGGCACUUUGCCAGAGUGUGUCCAGAGCGUCGUAACUGGCAGGGGAUGGUGGGGGCCACCCAGCAGGCAGAGGCAGAGGAGCCCCAGCAUUCGGGAAACGAAGAUGCCUGGCUGGUGGGGAACCGGGGCAGCAGCCAGGUGGGAGCAACACAGAAAGUCCCCAGCUUGGACACCCCAAAGCAAGCAUAAUGUUGAAGGUGGUGCUAGAACUCCCAAAUGGACAGACGGUGGAGGAGUUGGCGCUAGUUGAUUCUGGGGCCUCAGCCUCCUUUUUCAGCAAGGAGUUUGCGGCACGACACCAACGGAACCUGAGGCCUUUGGAUUUUCCGCUGCAAGUGACAACAAUUGAUGGAAGAGAACUGCUGGGGGGUGAAGUGAUGCAUCGAACACCCCCAAUGCGAAUGCGUGUGGCCACCCACUCUGAGGUCAUCGCCUUUCACGUGGCCACACUGGCGGGGCCGCCUAUCAUAUUGGGCAUGAGCUGGUUGGCGUUGCACAAUCCGGUGGUUUCCUGGCAACAACGGUCCCUGACGUUUGGCUCGACGCACUGCAUGGAGAACUGCCUAGCUCAAGGGCUAGCUCGACAAAGCGAGGGCAGGAGGGCAGCAGCAUGCAGAGCGGGGACAAGCAAGAUUCCGUCGUGUUACAGGGAUCUACAGGAGGUGUUCAGCGAGAAAGAGGCGGAUGCGUUGCCACCCCAUCGGCCAUAUGACUGUCAGAUCAACCUGGUACCGGGGGCCACGUUGCCGGUGGGGAAAACCUAUUCCAUGUCGGAGGGAGAGCUCAAGGACCUAAAGGAGUUUAUUGAGAAAAACCUAAGAAGGGGUUUCAUCAGGGAGUCCAAGGCGGCAGGAGGGAGUCCAGUGUUCUUCGUCGACAAGAGAUCAACAAAAGAGCGACGCCUGGUGGUGGACUUUCAAAUUUUGAACAGCCAGACGGAACCGGUGGCUUUCCUGAUGCCGAGAAUCGACGACGUUUUGGCACGGGUGCGAAAGGGGAAGAUUUUCACCAAACUGGAUCUCCAGGGGGCUUACAACCUUAUCCGAGUACGAGAAGGCGAUGAGUGGAAGACCACCAUGUUCACCCUGAUGGGGGCGUUUGAGUAUUUAGUUAUGCCCUUCGGUUUGCAGUGCAGAAGUCACUGUUUCCAAGACUUCAUGCACCACGUGCUAGGACCUUUGCUCUACAAAAACUGUGUUUGCUUUUUGGACGAUUUGCUUGUGUACUCGGAAGACGAAAAACAGCACGUGAAGGAUGUAUGGCAGGUCCUGAGCAAACUCAAGGAGCACCGCUUGUGGGUCAAGCUGGAGAAAUGUCAGUUUCACGCAAAGGAAGUCGAAUUCCUGGGGUACCGGCUGUCGGACCAGGGGUUGGCCAUGGACCCGGGGAAAGUGAAGGCGGUGGUGGAAUGGGAGAGUCAGUCUUAUCUAUGCCAGCUGGACAGCAUUAAGCCUCUGACAGUCCUCCCUUAAGGAGUUAGGCGGAUCAAUUGUCUGACUCUGUGGAAGGCACUGUGCUAUCCCCCCCCCCCCCAUUUUUUAGAAUAUAUCUUUAUUGAUUUCAAAUACUAUCAUACAAAUACAUUACAAAUAGUUACAACAGAAUUUCACAUGAAAAUGAAAAAGGAAUAACAAGAAUAAAAAUAAAAAGCAAAGAAGAAUUAACAUUAAAAUAAAAGAAUAUUGGUUGUAUUAUCAUAUCUUGACCAAUAAAGUCUUCUAGGACAAAAACUUCCAAUCAUUCUUUUUGUACUUUUUCUAAUAUACUGACUUUAUCGCACAGUUUAUUUUAUAGCUUUUUCUGUAUAUUCUUCUAAGAUAUUUUUCCAAUUAUUUAUUACACACAAGUAUCAUUCAAUUCUGCCAGGAUAGUUUCAUUUUUACAGUGUGAUCUUAUAUACUCCUUGAAUAAUAUCCAUUCUCUAUAUAGAGAUGCGGGUGGUGCUGUGGGUUAAACCACAGAGCCUAGGACUUGCCGAUCAGAAGGUCGGCGGUUCAAAUCCCCGUGACGGGUUGAGCUCCCGUUGCUCGGUCCCAGCUCCUGCCAACCUAGCAGUUCGAAAGCACGUCAAAGUGCAAGUAGAUCAAUAGGUGCCGCUCUGGCGGGAAGGUAAACGGCGUUUCCGUGUGCUGCUCUGGUUCACCAGAAGCGGCUUAGUUAUGCUGGCCACAUGACCCGGAAGCUGUCUGCGGACAAACGCCGGCUCCCUUGGCCAAUAAAGCGAGAUGAGCGCCGCAACCCCAGAGUCAGUCACGACUGGACCUAAUGGUCAGGGGUCCCGUUACCUUUAUCUUUAUAUAUGUGGUGGCCUGGGAAUCGGAUUCAGAGGCUGAACCUGAGGAAUCCCAGCCUGCACAGGAGUCCCCACCUCCAGGGCCGGCUGAGCCGGGGCAGGGGCUUGAACCUGAAGGGCCCUCACCUGUGCCAGAUCCUCAGGAGCAGACACCAGCUGAAUCCGCUCUGGCUCCAGAGGUGAUCGAGGACCCAUUGCCUGCAGGUGCUCCUCUCUCAGCCCUGUCAGGGGAAGGUGAGGUUGCCUCUGGGUCCAGUAAUCCUCCAGCCUCUCCUGAGCUGCAGAGGCUCAGGGCAGAGAGGUGGAGGGAACUAAGUUCCCGCAGGUGGAGUGCUCACCUCCAGGCCAGGAGAGGCGAGUCACCAGAGGAUCGGGGCCGCCCAAUGCCUCGGGGCAGAUAAAAGCCGGCCAGCCCUAGUCCCAAGUUGCAGGAGCAACAUUGUUGGUUGCUAGUUCCUGCCUGAACCAUGUCCUUCUUUCCUGCCUGAGCUCCGACCCGCCCUGGCUCCCUGCUUGCACGCCUGUUUCUGAGUUCACCCGGCUCCCUGGCCUGAACCCAGGUGAUCGAGGACCCAUUUGCUUAAUGAUCUGCUCCAGAAUCUUCCCUGGUAUUGAUGUCAGACUGACUGGGCGGUAAUUAUUUGGGUCCUCGCUUUUCCCCUUUUUGAAAAUAGGGACAACAUUUGCCCUCCUCCAGUCUGCCGGGACUUCGCCUGUUCUCCAGGAAUUCUCAAAGAUGACUGCCAGUGGUUCUGAGAUCACAUCUGCCAGUUCUUUUAAUACUCUUGGAUGCAGUUCAUCUGGCCCUGGAGACUUGAAUACAUCUAAACUAGCGAAGUAUUCUUGUACUAUCUCCUUAGUUAUUCUGGGCUGUGUUUCCUCUGCUGAAUCAUUUGCUCCAAAUUCUUCAGGUCGGGCAUUGUUUUCUUUAUCGGAGAAGACUGAGGCAAAGAAGGCAUUGAGGAGUUCAGCCCUUUCUGUGUCCCCUGUUUGCAUUUCACCAUCUUCUCCUCUGAGUGACCCCACUGUUUCUUUGUUCUUCCUUUUGCUACUGAACAUACCCAUAAAAGCCUUUUUUGUUGCUUUUAACCUCUCUAGCAAGCCUGAGUUCAUUCUGUGCUUUAGCUUUUCUGACUUUGUGUCUACACGUGCUGGCUAUUUGUUUGAAUUCCUCUUUGGUGGUUUCCCCCCUUUUCCAUUUUUUGUACACAUCCUUUUUUAAUCUUAACUCAGUUAAAAGUUCUUUAGAUAGCCACCCUGGCUUCUUUAGGCACCUUCCAUGUUUCCGUCUCAUUGGUAUUGCCUGACGUUGUGCUUUUACUAUCUCCUCUUAACAAACUCCCAGCCAUCAUGAACUCCCUUUCCUUUUAGUAUUACUGUCCAUGGGAUCUCACCCAGCACUUCCCUAAGUUUUAUGAAGUCGGCUUUCUUAAAGUCAAGAAAUUGAGUCCUAGUAUGCUUGGCUGCUCCUUUCCGCUGUAUAGUAAACUUCAGAAGAGCAUGAUCACUCGCGCCUAAUGAUCCUUCCACUUCUACCCCACUAACCAGGUCAUCAACAUUGGUUAGGACCAGAUCUAAAAUGGCUGUUCCUCUUGUUGCUUCUCCCACUUUCUGGACAAUGAAGUUGUCUGCAAGGCCAGUGAGGAAUCUGUUUGACCUUAUGCUCUUGGCUGAGUUUGACAUCCAACAAAUAUCCGGGUAAUUGAAGUCCCCCAUUACUACUAUCUCCCUUCCUUUUGCAUGCUUGGCCAUCUGUUCCAGGAAGGCGUCAUCUAUGUCCUCCGUUUGGCUUGGGGAUCUAUAGUAAACUCCCACAAUGAGGUCACUGUUAUUCUUCUCUCCCUUAAUUUUGACCCAAAUGCUCUCACUUUGGCUUUGAGGUUCUAAAUCUUGGAUCUCUUCACAGGUAUACACAUCCCUGACAUAUAACGCCACUCCUCCUCCUUUCUUGUCUGGUCUGUUUCUCUGAAAUAGAUUGUAUCCCUCCAUUAUUACAUUCCAAUCGUGGGACUUAUCCCACCAGGUUUCAGUGAUGCCUAUUAUGUCAUAUUUAGUUUGCUGUACCAAGAGCUCAAGCUCAUCUUCUUUAUUUCCCAUGCUUUGUUCAUUAGUGUACAGACAUUGAAGUCCAUUAAUCAUUUCCCCGUGUCUCUUAUUUAAAGAUUUUUUCCUCCCACCACUAGGUCUGCGUGCUGUUUGCUCCAUUUGGUCUAUGACAUUUGGAUGAUCAUCUUCAUCAAUUGAUAGACUCCUACCUUCAGGAGCACUGUCUCCCUCCCCCACAUUAGUCAGUUUAAAGCCCUCCUGAUGAGGUUUCUGAGAUUUUUGGCAAAAACAUUCCUCCCAACCGUUGUGAGGUGCAGCCCAUCGCUUGCUAGAAGUCCAUCUUCAAGAAACUGCAGUCCGUGAUCUAAGAAUCCAAACCGUUCCUGUUUACACCAUUUGCGAAGCCAGCUGUUCACUUCCACUAUUUUCCCCUCUCUCCCUGGGCCACGUCGUUCAACUGGGAGGACAGAUGAGAUGACAAUUUGUGCAUUUAAUUGCUUCAAUUUCCUGCCCAGAGCCUCGUAGUCUCUUUUGAUCUUCUGGAGGCUAUUGCUUGCAGUGUCAUUGGUUCCCACAUGAACCAAGAGGAAGGGGUAUUUGUCAGUGGGUUUUAUGAUUCCUUGCAGUCGUUCAGUUACAUCUUGGAUCUUAGCCCUGGGAGACAGCACACUUCCCGAGACAUCUUGUCAGGCCCACAGAUCACUGCUUCUGUUCCCCUCAGUAGGGAAUCCCCUAUCACCACUACACGCCUCCUCUUAGGUUUGGUCGGGGUUCUUCCGUGAGCUGUCCGUUCCAAGGUCGCCUGCACAUUCCCUGAGGACUGACUUUGCUGCUUGUCUUCAUAUACCUGAUUGACUGUAACGAGGGAGAGAUCCUCAAAUGGAGUCUGCUCUUCGUCUUCCAUGCUAGGGGAGAGGACCUCAAAGCGAUUGUGUAUUUCUAAACAAUCAGAGCGAACCCUGGGCCUCCUACUUCUUUGAGUCACGUUUCUCCAUAUAUCUGGCUCCUGUGUUGGUGAACUAGCCUCCUUCUCAGGGAGUCCCCUGUCUCCUCCUUGGUGGAGACGGUGUGCUCUGUUGUUUCCAAGAAGAGCUCCAGCUCUCUAAUUCUUUGGAGCGUAGCUACACGUUCCUCCAGUUGCUGGACUUUGUCUUUUAAGAGGGCAAUCAACAUGCAAUUGCUGCAGGUAAAGCUGCCUGCAACCUUUGGCAAGAUGGCAAACAUUGCGCAGGAACCGCAGGCGACUGCAGCUGUUCCCUCCUCCAUCUUGAGAACGUGUCGUUGGGGGUGGCUACAGCGGUCCUCCAUCAUAAAAAGCGUGAAGACAGGACAAAUAACUCCCCCCAUAAAAAAACCUAGGUCUCCCCCAACAAACGUUUGAGACUAGCUCCCCUAAAUCUAAAAGAUGGAUCAAACGGCACACAAGAAAACCCUUUUUGCUCCUUCUUCAACUGCUGCCCUGCAAGCUCUGAUAAGCUCCUCCCACAGCUAAUCACCUGCCUCAACAGAAACCCUGCCCCCUCUGACCUUUGCACAGGAAGAGCAGCUAAUCAGCCACAAAGAAACACACACACACAAGAAAACCCUUUUUGCUCCUUCAAGAAAACCCUUUUUGCUCGCUCUCUCUCACACACACGUUAAAGUAGCUGAGCUGCAGAGUGUUGCUUGGAAGAUUCCCCAAUGUCCUAAUCAGUGUGAAUUUUUGAUAGAGAUCUCUCUCUCAUGUUAAAGAAGCUUAGCUGCAGAGCACUGUCCCAAAGCUUCCCCAAUGCCCUAAUCAGCCUGAUCUUCUGAGAUUUCUCUCUCUCUCUCAAGUGAAAGCUGCUGAGCUGCAGAGCGCUGCCGCGAAGCUUUCCCAAUACCCUAAUCAGUGUGAAAUUUUGGGAUCUCUCUCUCUGUCUGUGACACACACGUUAAAGCAGACGAUCCACAGAGCGCUGCUGAUAGGCUUCCCCAAUGACCUAAUCAGUGUUAUCUUUUGAGAUCUCUCUCUCUCUCUCUCUCUCUCUCACUCACACACACACACACACACACACACACACGUUAAAGCAGGUGAUCUACAGAGCGCUGCCAGGAGGCUUCCCCAAUGCCCUAAUCAGCGCAAUCUUUUGAGAUAUAUCUCUCUCUCUCUCUCUCUCUCUCUCUCACACACACACACACACACACACACACACACACACAUUAAAGCUGCUCAGCUGUGAAGCACUGCCAGGACACUUCCCCAAUGCCCUAAUCAGCGUGAUCUUUUGAGAUCUUUCUCUCUCUCUCGUUAAAGCAGCUGAGCUGCAGAGUGCUGCUGGGACACUUUCCCAAUUCCCCAAUCAGCGCAAUCUUUUGAGAUCUCUCUCUCUCUUUCUUUAAAGAAGCUGACUUGCAGAGCGCUGAGAUCUCUCUCACUCUUGGCUGGAGUGGACCUCAUUUCUAUAUACCUGGUGGCUUAGGUUCCUAGGCCACCCUAUCCUUAAGGCUCUGGGACACAUCACAGUAAAAUCAAUCAAAAUGAAAUGCCCACAGUAAAGUCCAGUCAUGCAUCCAAACAGCUUAACAGCUUUAACCUCCAUUUGAAAACAUCAGCCUGGCUAGAUAGAGCAGAGGUGGGGAAUCUUGACAGGCCUGCAGGCCCCACAUCUAGCAUCUUACGUGGUGUCAGGUGUGAAGACAGGUAAAGACAUGGCGGCAAAGGAGCUUCAAGGGUGCGUUCAAUUGUUCUUAGGCAAGCAGGGUUUGUUGACCGCACUUUUGAAGUUGACCACUAGUAUUUGCUGUUUGGAUUGAAACCAUGCCUGCAGAAGGACUUUUCCUCUGCAGAUCAGCUUUGCAGGCAGCUUCGUCAAGAGGGGAGGUGUGGAAUAAUUACAGUGGGAUGGCUCAGUUGGUAGAGUGUGACACUCUUAAUCUCAGGGCUGUGGGUUCAAGGUCCACCUUGCACAAAAAGGGGAAACUUACAAGGUGGGCCCAGAUGUAUAAGGACAAAGCUUCUUGCUUUGGACCAGCCUGGGAAGGAGGCAGGGUGCAGGUAACAGGACAGAACACUUUCCUUGACAGGCUGUCAAUAGUUGGCAGUAACUGUUAGGUUUCUGUUAUGUCACUGUGCAGUUCUUGGAGUCACAAGACUCUAUUGACAUUCCAGACUGUUGGAAGUCUCAUGGGAGACGGGAGACGGAUGUUGAUGUUACUGGUUUCCAGUUUCUUUGUGUCCAGUUGUUUUCUGUCUCUCACAGAGAGCAGAUGCAUAUUCUUUUCUGUCUUACGUAGUUAGAAAUAAAGUAGCAAUGUAGCACAUAUUUCUGGCUCCUUCUGCUGCUGUCUGAGUACUCUGCGCAAUGGAGAGCGUGCCUGAAGUCUCAUUCAAAGGCUUAGGUCGUUAAUCACCGUCGGAGGAGAGCCUAUAUGGGUUCCAAAGAUACGGCCGGAGGAGUAGCCAUUACAGCUUGGUCGUACGGAAGCUCCAACAGUAACCACUCGGGGGCCGAAGCUCUGCUCAUCUUCCUGGAGGCACUGCCAGAACAGGUCAUUUGCUAUGAACUGUAUCAGCGCUGCCUUGAGUGCUCACAUGACAGCCACCUCUGUCGCCAGGUCGGCCCCAGAGUCCCAUCUCUUCAUGGAUGGUCUGUGGUGUGUACAGAAGCAUAGAAUCAGAAGGGAUUUCCAAAGUCAUCUAGUCCAAAUGUUGCCGCAAGUAACAGGAAAUCCACUAAAACAGGGUGGCGCCGACUUCCGGGGUGGCGCCAUCGGACUUCCGGGGUGGCGCCAUCGGCAAUGGCGGACUCCCUCUGAACUGGAGGGACCAGCUCCGCGCAAAACGGGUCUUUUCCGCUACGGCGAAGCGGGGACCCUUUUAUAAAUCACAGGCGGAUGAAGCCUGUGACCAUGGGACUCGGCAGGCACCCUUAGCGCCCCCCCCAACCCGCAAAGGAACCCACUAACGGGCUCCGAAGCGAAGAGGGGGGAAGUGGCGCGGUGCUGUGAGUCAACUGCUAUUUCCGUGGAGCGAAGCCGCAUAGCCGUUGCCGGAGAGCGCUGCCUUUUUCCUGGGACAAUUUGGCAUCUAAAAUAAUCACCCGUGAGUACUUAAACUUUGAACAAUUGGACUUUAAAUAAGGACUGGCAAGGAGAAAGGAAUUGGACUUAAAAAUUUACUUCAAUUUGGUACUGAAACGGGAAGGUCUAAACAGGAAGUCAGCCUUCCGUUUCUUUGUAGACAGAAUAAAGCAAAGACAACGUAAACUAGAGCUCAGAAAAUCACUUCUAAAGGAUUGGCUUUCAUCAUUUAAAAUUACUGAACCCCCCUUCGGUAGCAGGAGAAGAAGGGGGAUCUUUUUUGGACUGUUUAAACCUGCAGAAGUGAGUUUAAAGUAAAGUAACUUUCCACCGUCCUGAUCCUGGAGCGGGGUGUCAGGACUGACGUUUGAAGCUCAUUGACCAGAGACAAAUGCUUUUGACAGAUAGCUAAAAGAAGAGUAACAUAGUGAUUCCACUGUUUCCUUUUGCAUUUUAAAGGAACAAAUAUUGACAAAAUAUCUUAAAAAAGAGACUUUGUUUUGCUAGAUUUGUCCUUAAAAGAAAGAACAAAUAGAAGUUUUCCCCCUAGAGGGAGACUGUGAAACUGUAACUAAUUCUAGGGAGCUUGCAGCUGUCACAGAUUACAAUCGUGGGAAUGGACUUGUGACCUUGUAGGACAAUGUAUUCAGAUGCUCUGUUGCGUGCUCUCUGUAAAACAAAUGCCCUACUGGCUCAGUUAAAUGAGAAGACGGAUUUGAUGACUAAUGCGGUCAGAACUUUUGAACAGGCAGUGGGAAACUAUAUGGAGCCCACCCAGGAACUAAAUCAGGAGUGUGCCCUGACAGAACAGAUGAGAGAAGAGGACGUUGCUGAAUCUUGGGCGCCAGAGAUGGAGGGAGCUGCGGCCCUGCAGGAACAUGAGCUUUUGGAUUUGACAAAUGAACUUGGAAAAAACCAGAUUUGGAAAGAUAAAGUUUGGAUUGGUUUGGAAAUGACCCCCCUAUGCAGGGAUGUUUGGACUUUCCGAGUCUGGCAAUGGGCCGUGAGAUGUUUGGAGCUGUGGGGGCUCUCAAUUUUGGAGGGAUUCUGAAACAUGUUCCUAAAUACCACAUGGAGUUUAGUCCGGACUAUGGAAAAGGGGCUGAUUUGUUGAAAAGGGUCAAAAACAUUACCAAGCUGGAGUUCCCACAAGUGAAAGGAAAAUAUGAAGAAGAGCUGCGGAAGGGACAUGGAAGAGACUUAAGGGCCUCGGAUAUAAGGUUACCAGGUUAAUGCGCUAGAUCAAUGGGAUAAAAAGGACUGACAAAACCCGGGACCAGGAGGAAGGGACGCUGGAUGAAGAUUGGAUUGUCUUUAUUUCUUUUUUUAUCAUUAGGAUUGUUUUAUAAAAUUGAUGAAUGUUAGAAAAAUGUUGAAAUGAAAUUACUUGGCUCUAGCAAAAAUGUUUAAAGAAUUAGGUAAGAAUAUUAUGGUUAUGAGAAGUUGGUAAAAAUAAGAUUUAAGUUUUAAGUUUUAAGGUUUUCUAUAAGAUAAGAUGAAAAUAGAUUAAGGUAAUGUAAUGACAGAAUAUUAUGAAUUAUGGAAAGGAUUUGCUGCGAUAAUUAUUAAUUAGGAUACAAAAAAGGGGAGGAGGAGGAGGUCAAAGAAAGAAGGUAAUGAAAGUUGAGAAUUUGAGAAUGAUGGAUUUUUAUUUUUUAUUUUUAUUUUUCUGUUUUGUCUUUUUUUUUAUUCUAAAAAAUUUUCAAUAAAUAUCAUUUAAAAAAAUAAAAAAUAAAACAUCCCUGAAAGCCAGUAAACCAACACACUGGCAGGAAGGCUAGUCUGGUCUGGGAAGCCUUGUUAACUGCAGAGGUUGCUGAUGUCUCCAUUGAUAACCAUCCCUCUCGGUUGUGGAGGGGGGUGGGGUGUGCACAUGUUGCCUUUUUGCUUUCUGACCAGGAGUUGUAACAAUGGCCCACCUGUUUCAGUGAACCUCGCUUGAAUUUCCAACACAGGAAGUGGCCAUAUACUGGGCCAUCUAGUUCAGUAUUGUCGAAAUUGACAAGCAGUGGCUCUCCAGGAUUUCAGACAAGGGAUGUUCCCUACCCUCCUGGGAGAUGCUGGGGGUAGAACCUGAGACUUUCUGCAUGAAAAGCAGGUGGUUUACUGCAGAGCUAUGGCCCUUCCCCCAAGAUAUCUCAGUUGGUAGAGCAUAAGACUCUUCAUCUCAGUGUCCUGAGUUCGAGCCCCACCUUAGGCAUUGCAGGGGGUUCGAUUAGUUAACCCUCGUGGUCUCUUCCGACUCUACAGUUGUAUUAUUCCCCAAAGUUCCCAGCAGAGUUCUAGUCCGGUUACCAUUUUAAACAUUCUUUUUUUUAUGCAAGGUCUAAACCUGCAAACAUAACAAGUACACCGUGCUAGUGAUCCACGCCCCUCCUCUAGCAAAGCUCUGCAUUGAAACUCCAAACUGCCCCUCCCUGUCUUGCAGAUGAUCUGCCAGAACGUGUUCCGCUUCGUGAUGGCUUUCCUGUGGGAGCUGCUGAAAUACUCUGAGAGCAACAACGUCAGUGCCAACAUGCUAGGUAAGGCCUGCCUGUCCUGGCUGGGAGCUGGCCUUCCUCCUGCUCCCGCCUCCUCUCAUGCAAAUGUUUUCGCUUCCCUGCAGCCACCCUCUUCGCCAGCCUCCUGCUACGGCCUCUGCCCAACGUUCUGUCGAAGCAGAGCCCACAGGAGCAUCAGCUUGCCAUCGGCUUCCUCCUGGGCUUCCUGCUGGGGGCGGAUGACUACUAA